CCGCAUUUUGACUUUGAAGCUUAUACAACUUGUUUGAGCCGUUUAGUUAUUUGGACAUCACUUGGCUUAUUGUUGUGUCUCUUUGACUGUGUUUGGACUUGUUCCCUACUUUAGAGAUAUAAUGCUAGUUAAAGCCCGUCCUGUCAACGAAUCAAUACAAGAGAUCAACGACAAUUCUUGGGUCAUUGGGGAUAGAAUCCUCCUCUCUCGACGACGCUCGCCUCUGUCCGGCUUCACGUGGGGUGAUGGCAGAGGCUCAUUUUACGUCAUUUCCGAGGCCCCAUACCCACUACCGCCAUCUCGACCCCUGUCAGCCACGACCCCCUUCGAGAAGGUCUAUGAUGCUGGGGGGGUAUCAGCAGUCUGGAGCAUCGGCGACGCCUUCUGCAAAGUCAAAAUCUUGCAUCCGGACGCAACACGAGAACACGUUACGUUGGACUAUCUCCACAGCAAAUGCCCCUUGAGCUUUGCAAUUCCAGAGGUUCACUACCAUGCAGAAUAUGAUGGUCGACACUAUAUUGUCCUGAGUAGAUUGCCUGGCCAUACUCUCACGAACGCGUGGCAGAACAUGGACGAGGAAAUGAAGCAAUACUAUGUUUCCCGAGUUGCGAAUAUCUGCAAGGAGCUAGCGGUAUGGCAGGCAGAUUAUAUUAGUGGUGUUGAUGGCCGUCACUUGUCAGAGACAUAUCUUACUCGGCUCGGGCAGUCCGAAGAUUGCAGCCCUGAAAAUCUUCUCACUAAUUGUAAGGGUCUUGGUAUGGAUUGUUCUAUAUUCGUGCUCUAUCACUACGACUUGGGGCCCGGAAAUAUAAUUGUGAACCUCGCGGACGGGUCGAUGGGCAUCAUUGAUUGGGAGACGGCUGGAUUUGUUCCUAGGGAAUGGAUUAGGACCAAGUUCCGCGUUUCAGGUGGAAUGGACCUGCCAGGUAGUGACCAAGAAUUGAGAGUGGAUUGGAGACGGCGCGUUCAGAGGCGAUUGGGGGAGGAGGGAUUUCCUGAUAUUGCAGACCGAUGGAUGGUAUGGUGGAGAAACGAGGCUUGAUUUCUGUUUCUUGCUAAAUACUACUACUAGAUAGUUCAAUCUAGGCUAGCAAGAACCUC